GGCACCACGCCUCUUCUGUGUGUUUUAUAUAGGACUGACUCCUUUACGAGUAGACGACACAGGAUUACUGACUGACAGCAGACGGACCACUUUCAAUUGCGAACAUUAUUCAGAUCGUCAUUAACAGCAGGAGAUCAGUGCCAGAAUGGUUGUGCUGUCUAAAGAAUAUGGGUAUGUGGUUCUCACUGGUGUUGCCAGCAUGGUCAUGGUCGCCCACCUCGCUGUGAAAGUUGGCAAAGCUCGCAAGAAGUACAAGAUCAAUUACCCUCAGAUGUACAGCAAUGAUCCAGACUCUGGAAAUAUCUUCAACUGCAUCCAGCGAGCCCAUCAGAACACCCUGGAGAGCUACCCUGCUUUCCUCUUCAGUCUGGCCAUUGGUGGUCUGCAUAGUCCUCGCCUAGUCAGUGGACUUGGAAUGACAUGGGUUAUAAGCAGGGAGAUCUAUGCAUACGGAUACUCCACUGGAGAUCCUAAAAAAAGGAUGCCAGGGUUAUCCGGGAACAUUGCUCUGCUGGGCAUGAUUCUGACCGUAGCCAACUUUGGCAGAACCCUGUUAGGCUGUGGUGACUGGGUGAGGCCUGGGAUGAGACCAGGAUGAGGUUCUCAGCUCCCUUUCCCGCUGCCAUUCCUGCUACCAUUCUUCAGUGAGAGGCACUGCAACCCCACCUGACCCCAGUCUAUUAGUAAUUGUAGGAUGUCCUUUGUGUAUGAUAUGUACAGACAGAGUUCAGUAAACAUUUGGAAGAAGAUGAC